UUUCAUAUACAUAAAAAAGAUGUACAAAGACUCAAUAUGUCUUCGAAGUCGUAGAAGCUUUUUAACUUUUCGAUUAUAUUGAACACCUUGGCCGUACGACUGAGAAACGAGGUCAAGUAUUGUCGAAAAACACACUAAAAGUCAUCAACUCCUGUCUAAUGGAGUAUUAAUGACAAAAGCAUUACGCUAGGAGAUGCACCAAGGGUAUUCAGUACUGAGACGCUGUUCUUAUACAAUAUAAAAGGGUAACUGCUGCUGUUCACAAGAUGAAGUUGCUGGAGAGUACACGUUUUGAAGCUAUAAACAGUGCCUUAUCCAUCAAGACUGGAGACAGCAAAAUAAUAGGCAGAAUAGAGAGUUACUCUUGCAAAAUGGCUGGAAAUGAUAAACAGCUGUACAAACGUUUCAAUGCAGAACAAGGUUUUACUCCACAUGAUCUUCAAGCUUUGUCACCACCACAAACAUCUUUGGGAACAUCACCUGCUCAAGGGUACUUUAGCCACAGUGUUUCUGGUGAUGAAGAUGGUCCACUAUGUGAUACAAUCAGUAGAAAAACACUAUUCUAUUUGAUUGCCACUUUGAAUUCAGCUUUCCAUCCAGAUUAUGAUUUUUCUGAUGCUAAGAGCCAUGAAUUCAGUAAAGAACCAAGCUUGCAGUGGGUCAUGAAUGCUGUAGACAGUAAUUUGAGUGCAACCGCGGGAGAUCAUUAUCGCACCCUCCGAACGGCCCUUUGGGCUGCCAUCGAUGAUGAAAUAUCAUUGAAUGAAUGUGAUAUUUAUAGUUACAAUCCAGACUUUGCAUCUGAUCCAUUUGGAGAAGAUGGAUGUCUAUGGUCUUUUAAUUAUUUCUUCUACAAUAAGAAGUUAAAACGCAUUGUGUUUUUCCCAUGCAGAGCAAUAAAUCCUCUCUACGUAUUAGAUUCCGGCGUUGGCAGUGACUUUGCCAUGGAUGAAGAUGAAGAUAGAUACUAAAUUUAUAAUACAUGUUUACAAACUUUGUCAUUAUCUUUAUUACUUCUGCCGUAC